AUAAUGGGCCUUUUCGUGGCCAUGAGCGCUGGCAUUUGACGGAUGGAAGUCUAACAACCUUCCCCAUCGUCAUCACGGCUCUCAUCAUUCCGCCAUUGCCACCGUUACGUUCCCCACAGUAGCAGAGAAGCGCAGGAUAAAAAAACUUCCGUUAGCAUUCCCACCGAUUCGUUAAUAAAUCACCACCUCUCUCAAAUCGUUAUUGUUUUGCGAACCUCCUGCCUCGCCCUUGGUUGUCAAACGGAGGUUUGAGUAAUGGCGGCUGAGUCCUCGUCUCCUCCCAAUCCUCUCGCCGCCGGUGGAACUCCUCAGAAUUCAGCUGCUGAAGCUGUGCAACCAGCAAAUGGAGAUAAGCAAGAUGCCGCUCCACAAAAUCCGAAGUCUGUCUUUGUGAAUUCGGAACCAAUACGAGAAGACCAAGUACAAAAUGCCAUAAAAUUUCUUUCUCACCCGAAAGUUAGGGAUUCUCCAGUUUUCCACAGAAGAAAUUUUCUUGAGAAGAAGGGGCUAACUAAGGAAGAGAUAGAUGAAGCUUUUCGGCGUGUACCAGAUCCGUCCCCAAGUGCUCAGCCAACUGCUACCAAUCAGGGACAGGGAGUAACAACAUCAACCAUUCAGCCAGCAGCUGUUGCUCAAACCCCGCUGCCAAUGACAACUGUUCCUAGUGGUGGGAGUCCCUCGAUGGUCGCCUUGGCUCGGUCUCGAUUUCAUUGGUACCAUGCUGUUUUUGCUGUUGGAUUGCUCACAGCCUCUGGUAUUGGAACGGCUAUUUGGGUUAAGAAGUCCAUGAUUCCCCGGCUAAAAUCUUGGAUACGGUGGGUGGUUCUGGAAGAGAAACAUGGUGAUGGGGACAUAACAAAUAUAAAACCAUCUGUGGCUGAAGAAGCUGCAGCAGCGGCAAAAUCAGCUGCAGCUGCUGCGACUGAUGUGGCAAAAGCAAGCCAGGAAAUGAUGAUCUCAAGACGUGAAGAGAAAGUAAACAUGGAGAAGUUCAUGGAUUUGUUACAAAUGCAAGUGACUGAAAUUAGGUCAAUGGGCAAUGCCAUACAACAACUGGAAGGGAGAAGUGACAAAAUUGAAAGAACUCAUCGGGUCGAACAUGGAGGGUACAAUGGUUCAAUUGCAAACCUUAAGCCAACAUAUCCAAUGGGAAACAAACCAGAGAUUGAUUCCCGCUCAGCAAGGUCUUCCUCACCACCAACUUCUGCAGAUCAAUCUGCCCCACCUUAUCUCAAUUCAUACAUGGAGGUAAGAAAUACAACUUUGAAACUGUUAGUUGUUACUUUGGGACAAGAUGAACCAUAGUAUAGAAUAUAAAGUACUAUAAUGCCAUUGCUAUCUAAGUAUCUAUUAUGUUAACUGCAAAUCUCUAGGUACUGUACUUCACUUGGGUUGGCAGUAAGUUAAACAGAACUUGGGCCAUGAAAUCUUGCAUUUUCCAUUGCUCUGACUUACUGCUUAGCACAGGGCCAAGUCCACUAUUUAAUCCACUUGUUUUAUGAUUGAAUUCUAUCACCUUAACUUUGACGAAAAUUGAUGAGAAACUACCGUACAUGAUUGGCUUUUUCUGAUUUAGGCGGAAACCAUUGCCUUUGAACUCAAAGCUUGAUGACGCCCUAACCUUCUGUUGAUUUUGUGUUUGCAAUGAUAUCUGUGAUGCAUCUCCUUCCCCAUUGAUGCUCCAGUCAGCAACAUGUUGAUUUUCACCUUCCAAAAGCAAUUGAGAAAAAAGAGAGAAAAAUGAUGUGUUCAUGUGUAACAAAGACUUGAGCUGGCAAAAAAAAAGUUGCGUUGUUAUGUUGCAGAUAAUGGCAAUGGUUCGGUUCAAAGGGGAGAGAACCUCCAAACAUCAGAGUAUACUGCAUAUAGUUUACCAUUUCAGGUAGUUUGCUUUAUUGCAUGUUUACGGUAUUUGCUUGUUUUGUACUUUUACAGGAUAUGAAUGAUCAACCCCCCUAUGCUAGCCAGCAAAUUUCAAAUCCUCGCUCGGCUCCCAGGUCUAAGCCUUGGGAUGGUGGUUAUCAAGCCACAACCACCUCAAGAGGAGGAGGAUUUGGUUCUUCACUGAAUGGGGACAGAGGUUCAGAUUUCGGUGCACAGAACAACGGAGUGAGCUAUCAGGCGGACACCCAGAACACCGUGCCCUGGUGGCAGAAGAAGAACCCGAGAAUCACUGAGCUUGACUACGUCGAAGCCAAGCCAGGGUCCAACACCGUUGCACAGACCAACGAGCAGCCACCAAUUCAGCGGACAUGGGUGCCUCCUCAGCCUCCGCCAGUCGUAAUGCCUGAAGCAGCAGAAGCCAUUCGGCGACCAAAAUCCAAGAAAGAGGCCGCAGAGCCUGUUCCCAAUCAAGAAACGAGCGGAGGAGGAUCAUCGUCAGCUGCUGCUGCUGUUGAGGUCACGGACGAGUUGCAGAGGAUAACCAAGAUAUCCGAGUCUGGAGGGGAAGUAGAGGAGACGACGGCGCACAGCGGAGGACAAGAAACGAACGGAGGAUUGAAGUUGAGCGAGAUUGAGGAAGAACCCGUACAGAGCUAUUGAAAGAGGAAACGAAUGAACUGAUGUGGAAGAAGCUGCACUGGAAAUCUAUUUGUAUACCCUGAGCUGGAGUUGUAGAACAACAGUAGGUGUCUUUUUUUAGCUCUAGGGGAACGAAUAAGAAAUAUGUUUAGGGAGCUUCUGCUCUGAGUAUGGAUUUAAAUAACUCUACUUUGAUACGUAAUUGUGGGUGUCAGUUUCAUGUUCUUUUGGUAUGAUGGAUGUUGAUACAUAUUUCCACCAAGAAGGCCAGCCAAAUGAAAAUUUGUUUAAUUUGAAAGGUGGGAAAAUGUCACUAAUA